AUGAUCUCCGUCUCCUUGCCGACCGUCUCGGUCGGCUCUAACAUCUUCUUCGCUCUCGCUCUCUGCCUCAUCUCCCUCCUAGUCCUCUUCAUCUUGCGCCGUUUCCUCACCCUUCGCGCCACGCCCGCCUACUUGAUCUUCCCAAUAUUCUUCGCCCUCGCUCUCCCAGCCAGCGUCAUCCUUCUCGUCCCCAUCGACUUGGCCUCAAGUUCCCGCGAUGGCAGCGGUGCCAAGGCAAUCUGGUUGCCGGACCGCGUGGUUCUCGUUUGUUGGCGCAUUGCCUACUGGCUGAUCUUCGUGCUCACUUGGGCGAUCCUUCCUCUUCUCGCUGAAUAUGUCGACUCCGGAUACCGUGAACCCAAAGCCCGGAUCAUGUACUCCCUCCGCUCCAACGCCCGCUACCAAUUGACCGUUCUGGGCUGCGCAACGAUCGGAUUGAUCUACGUGAUCAUCUCCAAUGGCUUUGAUUUCCGCUCCAUCAAGGGUGUCAUCAUGGCUGCGGCCUACGUCUGGGGUCUCGUUCUUGCCAUCUACCUGAUGGGUCACGGCUUGGUUGCCAUCCCACGGAAUCUCUUCCGCAAUGCCAAUGUCAGUGGCCGCUUGCGACGUAUCCAAACACACGCCCCGAAGGUACACGAUCGUCUGAUGGACGCAGUCAACGAGCUGGAGAGCCUCAAUUCCCAAGUCGCCCAGCUGCAGAAGCGCAAAACCGGAACUGCUCGUGACUUCCAAGAAUGGAUUGAAGACCUCUCCGAGACCCCUGGGGAUUCCGACGUCCGCGCUCCUAUUCUUGAGUCCGCCGAAACUUCCGGCACCGUGCCUUCGGUCAUCACGGAACGCUACCUGGCUGAUAUGACGAGACGCCUGCAGCGCGCCCGACACAUGAAGGCUCGCUUUGUGGAUGAGUGGGAUCGUGUGGUUCAGUCUGCCACGGAUCUCCAGUCCAUUAUCAACUCUGCCGCUUCAAAGAAACUCGAUUUUGGUGCUGCCCGCGCGUCGGUCAUCUUGCUGGUGUCGGGCUGCAUCGUCUGGUCUGAGUUGAUCAAGUCUUUGGCCCCAUCCGUAUCAGCCAUCACAUUGACAGUGGUUCCGCAUUGGAGGGAUGAGAAACCAGUUGGGUUUUGGAGCCAAGUCAUAGCCUCUGCCUGGCUACUUUAUAUGUGUUCCGCCGCACUAGUCGGUGUGAGCGAUGUGAAAGUUUGGGGCAACCGUGCCCUCGUACGCCGCAAUACCUACGGCGAGAGUGCAUGUUGGUACGCCAGCUUGGUGGCUCGACUGACCGUGCCGAUCGCAUACAAUUUCUUGACCUUCUUGCCAAAGGACUUCCGCCGGACCACCACCUUCUACGAGUUCCUCGGACAGCUCAUCAACCUCACCCCCUUGGGCAAGGGAUUCGAUUUCAUUUUCCCCAUCUUUAUCCUCAUCCCCGUCUGCGCCACCCUGUUCAACCUCUAUGGCCGCAUCAAGAAUGUCUUCGGCUUCGGUCUUUCCGAUGAUGAGGACGACGUGGAGAACAACCCGUCCGGCUUCGGGAUGGGCGGCUGGCGCGAAGGCCGUGAUCUAAUCGAACGCGAGAUGAACGGCUUCGGCUCUUUGGCCGUCUCCUCCCGCGGCGCCCGAUCGACCUGGGCAUCGGAUCGCAGUGACGAUGGCCCAAAUGGCUCAUCCCGACUACGCGUUCCCGCGGCGGAGGGCUCUCGAUCUCCCCGACCUGCCCAAUCGCAACGGCCCAUGACGGCUCCUCAAGUCGUCGACGAGGAAGAGGAAGAAGAGAACUUCUUUCAAUCCUUCGCUCACCGCGUGCGAAACACUAUUGAAACCACCAACAAACCCCAGUGGAUUGAAAACGCCCGUCUCCCUCGCUGGAUGUCUGGCGAUAACAACACCACUGAGGAAGGUGGAAUUACAAGAUUAUUUGGCGGUAGUGCUGUGCCUGGUCGCUUGCGGCUAGGCUAG